AUGCGUGCCCCUAACGCACACCCACAUUCCCCUUGCGCUCUCUACUCGCUCCCUCUUCUCCUAACCGCGUCUUUUCUGCAGCUACAGCGACAUCAGUGGGACGCCCGAGACAGAGACACACACGCACAGAUAUCCGUUUCUCUGAAGCCACACAAUAUGGUGUGGAAUGUGCGUGGCAAGGUGGGCGUCAUCACCGGUGCCUCCUGCGCGCUCGGCCGCGAAAUCAUGGAGAGGCUGGCCAGCCAGCAUCAGAUGAAGCUGGCGUGUGUCUCUCGCAAGCCGCUUGCCACACCGCUGCCUGCUGGCUGCGCAGCUUUUGUGGCCGACGUGAGUCGCGGCGACGACUGCGACGCCCUCAUGAAAUCGGUUCAGCGUGAGCUUGGCGCAGUGUCGCUUCUCAUCAACUGCGCCGGCGUUACACUCAACAAGGUGCACGUGAUGUGCACCGACAACGACUACGCGGCUGUCAUGGACACAAACCUGAAGGGUGCGCUGCAGGUGACGCGUGCGGCGCUGCGGCAUGGCGGAUUGCUCAAACUGCAGGAUGGGGCCGUGCUGCACAUAGGCUCUGUGGCGGGUGUGGUGGGCAACGAGGGGCAGGUGCUGUACAGCGCGUCCAAGGCUGCCCUCAGCGGGGCGGUCAAGUCGUGGGCGCUUGAGUACGGUCCGCGCAACAUCCGCUUCAACGUGGUCGCACCGGGCCUCAUCGAUGGUGAAGGCAUGGCCACGACACUGACUGAGGGGCAGAAGCAGCGUUGGCGUGAUGACUGUCCGCUCAAGCGGCUUGCCACCACUUCGGAGGUGGCAGACAUGGCCGUGGCCGUGGCGCUGUGCUGCUACAUGAAUGGGCAGACAAUCGCCGUCGAUGGCGGCUUAUCGUGA